AUGGAUCAAGUCUACUCUUCUGCAAAAGAGGUCCUGAUCUGGCUCGGUGACGACAAAGGUCUUGCAACAAGAGUUUCCUCCUUACUGGACACAGUCGUGGCCGCUUGUGCCGAAGCGACCGAUAACUUCGUUCGCUAUUGGGAUGUCACCUUUCCGAUAACGGCAAAUGGUCGGAGAAGAAACGUACAACGCGAUUUCUGGACGCUUGGAACCAGAUCGAAACAUGUCAUUGAUGACUGGACGGCCGAGACUUGGCAGAUUCUGACGAAGUUUUUCUCCUCUGCCUGGUUUUCUAGACUUUGGAUCGCACAAGAAGUCGUAAUGGCCAAGAAUGCUCAGUGCUUUUGGGGUGAUUCUCGAAUUUCUUGGGCAAAGAUUGCCCUCGCUGCAGCAUGGAUUAGUUUCGGCAAGAUUCCUGCCCGGGCUCUGCUUGAUGAUCAGCUAAAGUUCAUCUUCAUACUGUAUACCAACGCCGCCCGGCAUGCACAAGAACUCUUCAUGAUAGGUCGUGGCUGCAAACUGGUGCCCGAGAUGCCACAUCUUCCAGCGUCAAGCCUCUAUGGGCUAUUACUACAAACCAAUAGCUUUCAAUGUAGCGAGCCGAAGGAUCGAGUGUACGCUCUCCUUGGACUGCUUUCGAAACAAGCCAGAGGAGCUGCACCGGCGCAUGCGGUGAUUGAGCCAAACUACGAAUCAGAUGCCUCUACCGUCUUUACUGAGGCUACGAAAGAAUCCAUCUUCGCGGCCAUCAAGGGCGGUCCUUUGACAAUGCUCAAGAAGGCUGGCCUCAAUUCAAGUCCCAAACAUGUUAGCGACAACUGGCCGUCCUGGGUACCAAAAUUUGGGGAUGCAACACAUGGCGUUGAAGGGACGGUGAUUCCAAUCGUCGACCCAUACGACACCGUCACAUUUGGUCGUUCGCUCGAGAUAGACGACAUGCCUCGAUUCACCAAAGUGCUCAAAGUCAAGGGCUACAGCCUGGACAUUAUCUCUACGACUGCCGAACCUUUGAGACUACCCUACUCCCUCGAAGGCGACACCGAGGAUGGGACUGAGACGGAAUUCCUAGCUUUCGCUCAUGGCGUUCUGAAAAUUGUAUCUCUUGCACGCGCUCAAAUUCAAGCAGACGACCACGCUAUCGCUUUGACAUUGUGCUGCGGUCGCACAGCUAAUGAUGAACACGCCGACCAACACCCAGAAUUGCUGUCCCUAUUCCUGCCAUUAUUAGAAGCAUACACGAAAUUCGAAGAAACAAAAGUCAUACCUCAAAACGUCCUCCCUUUCGCGCUUGCAAUACAAGGACAUGCUAUCAAUAGGCCAUUCUUCAUUACUGCGAACGGACGCGUGGGAUUUGGACCUGCUGGUACGGAAGCCGGAGAUCGAGUUUGUUUCUUGUUCGGACAUUCUUGGCCUUUUAUUCUGAGGGAAGUAGGUGGUCAUUGGGUGUUGAUGGGCGAUGUUUACGUUCAUGAUCUUAUGGAUGGUACGGAGCUUCAGAGAUUGCAUAAGGAUGGAACUCUGGACGCUGGAGCGCAGGAUUUCGAAAUUCACUAA